AUGAAUCAACACAUGAGCUUCAUUAGCGAGGAGGAAUUUGUUUUUUCAUGUUUGGACACUGAUCGAGUGGAAACUGUGAGAACCAUGCUAGAAAAUGGCGCCAAUCCAGAAUCGGAAUUUAAUGGAUCGAGUGCAUUGAUGGUUGCUUGUUUUUCUGGAAAUUCAAAAGUUGUCCGAAUGCUUAUUCAAUGUGGAGCAAGCCUUGAUAGGAAAAAUCAGGAAGAUGAAGGUGUUGUAUUUGUGGCUGCAAAGAAUAAUCAAGAUGGUUUAACUCCGUAUCAAAUUGCUUCAAAACUUAACCAUGUGGAAUGUGCAAGAACAAUCAGUGAUUAUAUGAAAUCCAUUUAUUAA